CGGCGGCUCGGCUGGCGGCCGCGCGGGGCCCAGGCAUUCUCCAAGCGGCGCCGCGCAGCGUCGGGCUUUGGCUGCAGCGUCGGGGUCGCAGGGGGCGGCGCUGCUGCUCGAGGGGUGCUGGGCGAGGCGGGCGCCACCGGCCGGGCCGAAGGGCGCCUCAGCUCCGCCGGGGCCCGCGGCGCGGGUCCCAGGACCAAGGAGGAGGCUGCGCCCCCGCUGCCCCGGGCCGGCCCGGUGCCUGCCCUGAGGAGGCCCGAGGCCAGACGUUCCCGGCCCGCAGCGACCCCGACGCGCCUCCUGGAGAGGCCCCCGAGCUCUCGGCAGCCCCCUGGGGGUGCCCCACCUUCCUGGGCUUUACCUGCGCUGGCCGCCCGGCACCCAGCUGCGGGGGCGUGAGCGGCAAGGGCGCCUCCCCCGGCCGCCAGCGAGGCGGGGGCGGGGCCGCCCUCCGCCCUUAGCCUUACCGGCCCGCCAGCCUGCCUGCCGCCCUCAGUCUCACCGGUCCGCCCGUCGCGCCCGGCCGCGCGGCGUGAGCUCCCCGGAGAUCGCGGCUCGGGAUGCUGCCAGCCAGCGCGGCCGCUCGCGCGCAGCCCCGCACCCCCGCCCCUGCUUCUGCCUCCUGGGCCAUGCACCGCCGUUUACAUGCCGGUGAGGUCCCCGGCCGCUCCGAACCCCUCCGAGCCCCGUCUCCCCGAGGGUGAAGACCGCCGGCGCGCGAACUGGACUGGUCCGUCGCUCAGACCUGGGGCCCCGGACUCCGAUCUCCGCCGUCUCCGCCACCAUCAGGGCGGGAUCCGGCUCUGGUGUUUUGAGGAGGGGGUGUGGUGUAGGGAAAGGAAUCCCGUCCCUCCCCACCUUUUUUCGCCUUCACGGCUUCAGACUCAGGGAACUCGCUCAUGGCUUUCUUGAUGAAGAAGAAGAAAUUCAAAUUCCAAACCACUUUCACCCUGGAGGAGCUGACUGCGGUUCCCUUCGUGAACGGGGUCCUCUUCUGCAAGGUCCGGCUCCUGGAUGGAGGGGAUUUUGUCAGCUUGUCGUCAAGGGAGGAGGUACAGGAGAACUGCGUGCGGUGGCGAAAGAGGUUCACCUUCGUGUGUAAGAUGAGUGCUAACCCGGCCACCGGCCUGCUGGACCCCUGUGUCUUCCGCGUGUCUGUGCGCAAGGAGCUGAAAGGCGGGAAGGCUUAUUCCAAGCUGGGCUUCGCUGACUUGAACCUGGCCGAAUUUGCGGGCUCGGGCUCCACGGUGCGCUGCUGCCUGCUCGAGGGAUAUGACACGAAGAACACUCGCCAGGACAACUCUAUCCUUAAGGUCACCAUUGGUAUGUUCCUGCUCUCUGGAGACCCCUGCUUCAAGACGCCACCAUCUACUGCCAAGUCCAUCUCCAUCCCAGGCCAGGAUUCCUCCCUGCAGCUGACAUGUAAGGGUGGCGGGACCAGCAGUGGUGGCAGCAGCACCAACUCCUUGACUGGGUCCCGGGCCCCCAAGGCCCGGCCCACCAUUCUCAGCUCAGGGCUGCCAGAGGAACCCGACCAGAACCUGUCCAGCCCUGAGGAGGUGUUCCACUCUGGCCACUCCCGCAACUCCAGCUAUGCCAGCCAGCAGUCCAAGAUCUCUGGCUACAGCACAGAGCACUCACGCUCCUCCAGCCUCUCAGACCUAACGCACCGCCGCAACACGUCCACCAGCAGCAGCGCCUCUGGGGGCCUUGGCAUGACUGUGGAGGGCCCUGAGGGCAGUGAGCGGGAGCACCGGGCCCCGGAGAAGCCACCACGGCCACCCCGGCCCCUGCAUCUGUCCGACCGCUCGUUCAGGCGGAAGAAGGACUCGGUGGAGAGCCACCCGACCUGGGUGGAUGACACGAGGAUCGAUGCGGAUGCCAUCGUGGAGAAGAUCGUGCAGAGCCAGGACUUCACGGAUGGCAGCAACACCGAGGACAGCAACCUCCGGCUGUUCGUGAGCCGUGAUGGCUCCGCCACGCUGAGCGGCAUCCAGCUUGCCACCAGGGUCUCUUCUGGGGUCUACGAGCCAGUUGUGAUUGAAAGCCAUUGAGGAGCAGGUGUCCAGGCUGGAGAAGAGUCCUGCUUUCUCUGGAGUCCAGACCCGCAUCAUUCCAUGAGGAACGUUCCCCUUCAGAUCACCUCUGCGCCAUAUCUCCUCCAUGCCUCCUCCAUGCACUCCAGUCCACACUGUCCCCCUAGCAUCAUUCCAUUGCCCUCCCAUCCAUGCUGGGACCCUCCUGGCCCACCAAGGCCCAGGCACCACUGUGAAUAUUCUCCUCUGAACCACUAGAGGGCAGGCCAGGCGGGCCAGGCGGGCCCAUACAGCUCGUGGACAAGGAGCUGGCCAGGACUGUUGCUGCCAGAGACUGACCCGGCCCUCUGGCUGAGGACAUGCAGCAGCUCCUAAAUGUAGAGAUGCCUGUGACAGAAGCGCUUCUCUACCUGUGUCCCCACUCACUCCAGGAGCAUUGGCUUUGGUCACGUCUUAGCAGCAGGGCCUUGCUCCAUUGUUCCCUUGCCCUGGUGGUGGGGGGCCAGACCGCCUCCAGAAUCCUGCCACCUGUGACUGUCUGCUUAGUGCUUCAGCUGUCCCUUCCUGUGACCUGGGGGACCUGCUGGCGGCCUCUUCCUGAGAGCCAUGACCUCACACCCCACCCACACUCCAGAUCGAGACCCCUGCCUCCCCCGGCGAAAGUCCUCCCGCUGCCUUGCAGCCUGCACUUUGCACAUGCUCACCCCCAGCACAGUCCCGCUGGCCCCUCACCUCCCCUUCCGUGGGCCCCUUCCCAAAGACUCCUGGUCACUGCCUGCUGUGCAGUCAGAGGCCCAGGGUCCAGCAGCCCGGCGGGAACGGGUGCUGCCUCUCCUCCCUCCAGUUAGCUCCAGCUCAGGUCUGAGACCCAUGCUGAGAAAGGUCUGAGCACUGACGGUGCCCUCUGCCCAGGGCUGGGUCCUGAGCAGCUGGUUUUCCUGCAGGAAGGUUGGAGCAAGCAAAGUCCUUCUCUGCCCUCAGGGUCAGCUGCCCAGACUGGGGUGGAUGCCAGAGAGGCAGGUGGGCUGUGGCUGGACUGGUCCGGAGCUGGCUUCAUUGCCAGAAAAGCCUCAGCCUUCCUCUGUAAGCAUCCCCCGUUCUGGGCAAGGGGGAAGGGCUCCUUUAAGGGGUGUGCUUUCCCAGCGGGGAGCAGUCUGGCCCUGCCCCCUACUAAAGCCUCUGCUCUCAGCACUUUCCCCCAAGUCCUUGUAACUUGCUUGAAGGUGGGUUCUGGCUGCCAGCCAGUCCCUGGACAAAUUCUCCUGCCCCUUUAAAAUUUCACUCGUUUUGUAUAAACCCAGCAGGCUGGUGUUUACUUAGCCCUGUAGCUUUUUCAUUUUUUCUUUCCUUCUUUCUUCUUGAGUUCACGGUUCAAUAUUGUCUCCUCCCCCAGGUGAGGGGAGGUGCUGCUUUUCUGCCCCACCUGCCGGCUGGUUCCAGCAGCGCUGGGGCCCAGCUGGGGGGCCGGGAUGGGGGCUUCUCUCUCUGGGAGGGGUGCAGGUGCCCUCCCCAGACUGGGAGGGUUCCUUCCCUAGUUUCCCAUCUUCCCUUGCUGGUGAGAGUUGGGCUGCUUGGUCUUGGAACUCCCUGGCAUUGGGACCAGAGCAUUUCUAGCAUUUGUUGUUGUUGUUUUACUCACCUAACCCUUAGAAAAUGAAUGUUAGAAGGUGCCUGCCGAGGUGGGACAGGGUGUUUACUCGGGCUGGAGAAGGCUCUGCUCAGCCCUGAGAGUCCCUUCCUGCCCCACAGAUACUGGCACUUUAAAAAGGAAGCUGACCGCACUGUGUCCAGACGAAUUCACCCCCAGAAGAUGGGGGGAGUUCUGUCCUGCCCUUCUGUGUCUGUGUGACCUCACCCAGCCUAGGAGGGAGGUGCAUUCAGGGUAGAUUUGCCUCUCAUUCAAAGUUCUGGGGCUUUGGGCAGAAAAUAGCUGGCUUUGGUGCUGUUGGGGAGACUCCUCCAGACCAGGAACCCCGGAAGGAGACAGAGCCUGCCACAUCCUCCCACACCAGGCCCUGGGCCAGGGUGAUUGGACUGAGAAUUCGGCCACAACCAAAUUGAUGCUGGCUGGAGCCAGAGGCCAGAAAGCCUGGCUUUGUUGUUCCCAUGUGAGAGCCCUGUCCUCAGCCCUCCUGUCCCCUUGAGCUCAGUGAAUUCCCACCAGGCGCCCAGAGCUCCUGGACUUCAAAUUCUAUAUAUUGAGAGAGAUGGAGAGUAUAUCAGAGAUAUUUUUGGAAAGGAAUUGGUCUAUGCAAUGUCAGAUUGGAAUCUUCUUGAAAGUUUAACGUUUUUAUUAGGAGAUUUAAAAAAUAAAGGUCUACAAUAUCUUUAGGUUUUUUUUUUUUUUUUUUUUUUUUUUCCUGUUUACCGCACAAACUAACCACACGGCAUGUCUGCCAGGAUGGAGGGUGUCCAUGUUCUCUGUCUUUAGGGAGGUGAUCAAGGAGGUGGGGGGAGGUGUCUUUUUUUUCUUUGAGUCCCCUCCUUUCUAACAGAAUGUUGCCACCACUACUUGAGUGGGCUGUGUUUGUUCUUCUGUCCCAGCUUCUGUUGUAGAAAAUAACAUUGUUAGGGGAAAUCAGCCUAGUGUCAGUGUCUUGGUUUGAGGGGAAAUAAUUAAAUGUUUCGGUUUUUGUUUC